GUUUUAGUGUUUCUGUCAGCAGAAUGUUUAGAUGUCGUGAUAAAGUGAGAACGAUUUGCACUGGAUGCGAAUAUACAGUUUAUUGUUAGAUAAGAACAUGUAAAUAAACUCCUCCCUCUAUGAGUCUUAUCCAAUAAGUACACGAUGAGGGCGUGGAGAAGUAAUGUUUACUUCUGGCUUGCUGCGAAGUGGGACAGAGUGUAAACUGCACCUGUCACACUGUAGCAUACUGAGAAACACACUGGCAUUCACAUGAGCCACUGCAAGACGGUGAAUAGGACGACUACUGUAAGAUCCACAGAGCUGCCAUGCUGAGAAGAGGCAGGAGCGGACGGGCUCGCCAUUCAGCCUGGAGUGAAACACGGAAAGAAACAGAUGCCAUGGCAGUGAUCCAGACGUCAGACAGAGGGGGGUUGGAGGUGACGACACAGAUCAGCAACAUGGAGCCUGAAGUGGAUUACCUGGAGAGUUCUCAGGCCAUGUCUGAGGUGGUGGCCUUGCCUGGUACAGAACCGGUGAUCGGGGAGUCUUUCUGCCAGUGUGACCGACAGGAAGAGCUCAGCCUGGGCCUCAGCGUCAGUGGUGACUGCCUCUGUGGGGAGGAGGAUCAGGGUUUUGACUGGGAGUGGGACGAGCGCUUCAAAUCAUCCGGAGCCUUCCUCAGCUGUGACAGCAGGAAGGUGAGCUUUCACACAGACUACAGCUGCGGCACAGCGGCUAUCCGUGGCACCAAGGAACUCGCAGAGGGACAACACUUCUGGGAAGUGAAGAUGACCUCUCCCGUCUAUGGAACUGAUAUGAUGGUGGGCAUUGGGACUUCAGAGGUGAACCUGGAGAAGUUCAAAUUCAGCUUUGGCAGCCUCCUGGGAAAUGAUGAAGAUAGCUGGGGGCUCUCCUACACAGGUUUCCUCCAGCACAAAGGGGACAAAGUGAGGUUUUCCUCUCGGUUUGGCCAGGGCUCCAUCAUAGGAGUGCACCUCGACACCUGGCAUGGCACCCUGACUUUCUACAAGAACCGGCACUGCAUAGGUGUUGCUUCCACAAGGCUGCAGAACAAGAAGUUCUACCCCAUGGUUUGCUCCACGGCAGCUAAAAGCAGUAUGAAGGUGAUCCGUGCCUGCUACACCCCCACCUCCCUGCAGUACCUUUGCUGCACCCGGCUCCGCCAAAUAUUGCCCGGCUGCCCGGACGUCCUCGGUGCCGUGGAUCUGCCCCCCGGCCUCCGCUCCCAGCUCCACCUGCAGCUCGGCUGGGUCUUCACGCUCAGCAGCAGCCCCGAAGCCUCGGAGCAGACCGAGGACUUGUUUGAUGAUUUCCAAGAAGAAAUGAGUCUGCCUUCCAGCCCCAUCCCGAGCCCAGUCUCCACCCUGAGUGCCUGCCCCUCCCCCAGCCCCUGCACCAGCCCCUUCCUCGACACCUACCAGUGCUCCUGUCCACCUCAAACUCACCCGUGCACUUGCCACUGCCCUCCCACUCCUCCCAGCAGCGAAUACGACAGCUGCUGCUCUGAACCUGAGGAUUACCAAAGCAAAAGAUGCCGCUGGACAUGACCCGUUAGCCAAAACGUGUUUGUAAGUGUUUGGCGAACAGCUAUUCUACGAUUGCCAUCGACAUCUCCUGUUGGAAAUUAUAAGUGCAACCUCAUCUUUGAGCCAAUAUUUCUACUUUUUGAGGGGAUUUUUACUUCUCUUUAUUAAGAGUAUGUGACAUUCAACACCAAUUCAGCUACUGAAUCAACAACUUUGUCAAUGUGAAUGUGAGAAGUGGAGAUUUGAUAGUGACAUAUGGGUCAUUCAAUUGCAUUUUAGCCAAUGUUUUAAUAAUAAUACCUGGAUUAAUAAUAAGUAUUAAACUUGACUAAUAAUAAUAAUACACAUUUAUAAUAAUAAUAAUCUUAAAUUACUUUAUGGAAGGCCCAAUGUUUUACCAUCUGACUAGGAAUAAUGUGAAAGUGUACACUUGUUAUUCUCUGGGGAAUACUCCGGGGAAACGGCUUUUUGAUACUGUGGAAAUGACUUUUUGUAAAUGUGUUUUGUAUCAGCAUUUUGAUUGAAUAUCAAGUGGAUGUGUUUUUGCUUUACAAGAGAAUUUGCUUUUCUAUUUACUGUUUGUUUAUUAACUUUCUUACUCAAGAAAUUAAAACAAAUGAAGUUUG